UGCAAAGACGCGCCGGCUAAAAUCGGUUCUCUCUCCUGUAAACCAAUUUUGCGCCAUUGAGUUCAUCUCCGCUGCAUUGGGCCCGGAAGGCGAUUCCCACAGCUGGCGUCCCUGAGGUGGCUGGCGGACACAAAGUCCCCUAUCAGCUAUCAAAUAUUUCCCCGGCAGCGGGCGAAGCCUGGUGGAUCGGGCAUGUCAUCUCCGCCGGUUGCGAGCGCGUGGCCCUUCUCAGCCACGUGGUUUCCGACUUUCAUUGGCGUCCCAUUGCGAUCUGGCUUGACAGUCUCACCACCUUCACUCGACUCUACAACUACUGUCACUUUCACUACUAGCUGGGUCGCACUCUCGAAAGUCUGGAGCUUGCGACGAGUAGACAGAGGUCCACACAGAAGAUGACGACGCCCACGACGGCCGAGUUUGGCCACCCGCUACGGAAAUUCAAGCUCGUCUUCCUCGGAGAGCAAUCGGUCGGGAAGACGUCGCUGAUUACCCGGUUCAUGUAUGACACCUUUGACAACACCUACCAAGCAACAAUUGGCAUCGACUUCCUCAGCAAGACAAUGUACCUCGAAGACCGGACAGUGCGAUUGCAGCUGUGGGAUACGGCGGGCCAGGAGAGGUUCAGAUCGUUGAUCCCGUCCUAUAUCCGAGACUCGUCGGUGGCUGUCGUCGUGUACGACAUUACCAACCGAGCGUCUUUCCAAAACACUUCAAAAUGGGUCGACGAUGUUCGAGCGGAGCGAGGAAGCGACGUCAUCAUUGUUCUCGUCGGCAACAAGACGGAUCUCAACGACAAGCGCCAAGUGACGACAGAGGAGGCUGAGAAGCGAGCGCAAGACUUUAACGUCAUGUUCAUCGAGACAUCGGCAAAGGCUGGCCAUAAUGUCAAGACGCUGUUCAAGAAGAUUGCCCAGGCGCUACCCGGCAUGGACAAGGAUGGAGGUGCCGAGGGCCAGGGCGGACAGAAUAAGAACAUCGAUGUGUCAGCAGCGCCCCAGCAAACGACAAUGGAGGACGGAAGCUCGUGCAAGUGCUGACCUGCUUCCUAGACUCCUUUCUGGCUGAUGUAGCGAAGCAAAUGCAUAUCUUCAUACUCCCUGCUCCACAAUCGCCGCCCUUUACUGUGCACUUCAAUCUCGCAGGGUUCCUGAAUUGGCUGACGUAUGCACUAUCUUGAUGGUAGGCUUCCAGUCGCCUACCAGAAGCUGCACGAGGUACGCACACGACGCCUUUGGACAACAACAAGGCGAAGUCAGUUGACUCGGCACAUCAGGGUGUUUGAAGCGCUGGCAAAAUGUUGCGUCCCGUUGUCAAUGAGCCUGGGUGUGCGCACAGGAAUGCGACGACGGCGGCCCUUGCAAGGAGAAGUUCAGCUGAUCUCAUAGUCUCACGUCCCUCGCUUUUUACGACCCAAGAAAGUGGUUGAGCGAAGGACACACCGCUGAUAGCACGGGUCUCCCUACAGUGAUCGGC